AUCCUAAAAUUGCUUCCGGUCCCAAUUCCAUUGUUUUGGGCUGCUGUCGUUGAUCUUUGUUUUCCUUUUCCGGUACACUUCAAACAAUCAACGGCAGGGAUUUAUAGAGUAAAGAAGAAAGAAAAGGCGAAGCGCAGAACUGAACGGCAAACACCAGUUCAAGAACACAAUCAAACCCCCAAACUCCAACCUUCGGUGGCCCAAUCACGGUGGCUCGAUACCGCUUCCAGCAUUUCCAAAAAUGUUUUCAAUCUCUGCAAUUAAUGAUACCGACUCCAGAAAUCAGUGGGAACCCUUAGCUCCCACUAAAGAAGCUCAGGAAUUCCAUUUGACAAAAACUUACCAUGAUGGACUUCUUAAAUUACAAGCAAAAGAAUAUGAAAAGGCUCAUGAAUUGUUAGAAUCCGUUCUCAAAGAUCAUUUGAUAGCAUCUGCACAGGUUGAUGGUGAAGCUGGUGAUAAUCAUCUACUGCAGCUCAGAUUCUUAGCACUAAAGAAUCUUGCCACUGUAUGUCUACAAUGGGGAUCUGCUCAUUAUGAGGGUGCUCUGCAUUGUUAUCUUCAAGCCGUGGAAAUUGAUACUAAAGAUUCUGUUGUUUGGAACCAGCUGGGUACUUUAUCUUGCUCAAUGGGCUUACUUAAUAUUUCACGUUGGGCAUUUGAGCAAGGACUUGUGUGCAGCCCUAAUAAUUGGAACUGCAUGGAGAAGCUAUUGGAAGUUCUAAUUGCAAUACGUGAUGAGGUUGCCUGUCUUUCUGUAGCAGAAUUGAUUUUGAGGCACUGGCCAUCACAUGCUCGUGCUUUGCAUGUGAAACUUACUAUUGAAGAGUCAGAAUCCGUUCCAUAUGCACCCAAAGGUAUUGAUAAGCUAGAACCAAAACAUGUCCGACUCAAAUUUAUUGAUAAAAGGAAGGCUGGUGGAGAGGAUCUUGAUGAAGAUGUUAAAGUUAAAAGGUCUAACCAGAAUAUAGAUGUCCACCUAGUAGAAGUUUCCUGGGUUGGUCUUGUUGAUGCACUCCUAGAUAUCUUACUUCCAUUGAGCGGAUGUGGAUCUGAGGUGGAGGUUGAAAAAGCACUUAGAUCUGGUGAUGUUAGAUUAAGAAUAUGCUUAGCUCCCAGUUCAGAUCGUAGCAGUGCAUUUAUGGGGAGGAAAGGGCUUGCUUCUACAUCCAUUUGUGAUAAUACGUCUCUUGCAGAUUCUAAUACAGAAAGUUCAUCUUCUUUUAAGGAAAAAGAGGCACGUGGUUUAGGUGAACAUCCACAAGAGCGGCGCAGUACUCGUCUUGAAAGGCUAAGAAGUCGUAAGCCUGGAAAAGAAGAAUUGGAUUAUUCGACAAGUAAAGAUCUGGCAAGGGUUGUAACUCAGUAUCUAGAACCCUUUAUUUCCAGUGCAUUGGGAACCAAAGAUACCGACCAUGAGAUCAGGAAUUCUGUUUCCUACCCUGAUGGGGAGAAUUCACAGGGUUCAGACUGCAAUGAUGUUCAUAGUUUUUUGGUGGAAACUUCCUGUAAUUAUGGUGCUUACCAUGUGAGUCAUAUGCUUUUAGAAAAGCUUUCAAGCACAUAUCCUCCACAUCAUGAUGCAUUUUUCAAAUUUCUGGACUUGGAAAAGUUGACAAGGCAUUGGGGAAAGGACAGAUCUCCUGAGUGCAAUCUUUUUCUUGCUGAGCUCUAUUUUGACUUUGGUUCAUCCUCUUCAGAUACUACCAAGCAAUCUGAAUUCAUUUCUGAGGCCUCAUAUCAUCUCUGUAAGAUCAUAGAAUUGGUAGCCCUGGAAAAUAGCGAUAACUGCUUUAGCAGUCUUCAAGGUUCCAGCAGAAUAUCAUCUGAAAAUUCUAGUAAUCAGCACUUAUUUGUUGAAAAUUCACUAAUAACUAACAAUAAAUCAUUCUGGGUACGAUUCUUUUGGCUUAGCGGGCAAUUGUCUUUGCGGGAUGGGAACAAGGCAAAAGCCUGUGAAGAGUUCUGUAUUUCUUUAUCGCUUCUGGAAAAGAUGAAUGAUGUGAAUGAUUCUCUGUUACAGGUCUGCCUCCCUCACUGUCGGGUUUUGAAAAGGUUAACCUUGGAUAGAAUACUUUAUGAAAUUAACGUUUUAAAGGUUGACCUCUUGAUGAAGAAUGUUGUGCCUGAAAUGUUUGAGAAAGAAAUGUAUGAGGAGUGCAUCGCUUUACUUUCUCCACUUCUAUUUAGUGUACAGGAAGUUGACCUUGAUGCCUUAUCCUUGCAAUUGUUAGGAAGAAAAGAUGCAGAGAUUACUUCAGUGGAACUUGCAGCAAUUGACAUUCUAAUCAGAUCGUGUGAGAAGGAAAAUCAUUUGGAUGUCGAGAUACUUUUGAAUUCUCACCAGCGGAAGCUGCAAAUACUCAUGGCGGCUGCUGGAAUGCAUGAAUACUUUACAUCAAAUAAAUCAUUUCGUGAGAAGUCAGAGGCAAAAGCAUUCUCUGACAUAGAAACGAAAGAUAGUCCAAGCAGUCACUUGAACCAUUUAGUUGCAGAAGUAAAAGCAAUAUCUCAAUUUAUAUCACAAGUAAAGAACGUCGUCGAACAUUCUGGAGAUUUUAAUGACAUUCAGAUGACGAGGAUUUGCGAUAUGCAGUUCUUGCUUUUAUCGGUCAUGUGUAAUGUUAUAAACACAAUCCUCUCCAAGAAGUCUUCUGGGGCAGCAGUUGAUGACCAAGUUGAAAGAUGCUGCCUUGUAGAUGCAGCCAUUGCAUUCUGCAAACUCCAACAUCUUGAUCUUUCUGUGCCUGUGAAAUCUCACGUUGAGUUAAUUGUUGCAACACAUGACCUACUUGCAGAAUAUGGUCUCUGCUGUUGGGGCGAGGGUGAAGGGGAGGAAGGAAAAUUUCUUAAAUUCUCCAUAAAGCAUCUCUUAGCUUUGGAUAUGAAACUUAAAUUGAACAGUUCGGUAAAUGAGAAAAAAAUUGAAUGUGAUGACAUGGAAUGGGAUAAUUGUCAGGCAAAGGCAUCUCCAGACCGAUCAAAAUUGAACGCUCAAGAUUUGGGGUUGAGUCAAAAUGAUGAAACCGGAUCCAUGGUGAAGGAUGCUGGGGAGGAUAUAACACGGGAAGGGAUGUCAACUCAUAAAUCAAUAUUGAAAGAUGCUACAGAAGGAGAAUUUAUUAAGCAAGGAAGUGAGGAGUCUGCUGGCAAGUUCAAUGCUUGUGAAAAAAAUAGUGACGAACUAGUAGAAUGUGAGAAUGAGCAAAAUGAAGAUGAAAAGGAGGAGCUAGAAUUAAAAAUCGAAAAUACACUGGAUCAGUGCUUUUUCUGCUUGUACGGGUUAAACCUCAGAUGUGACUCAUCUUAUGAUGAUGAUCUAUCUGUACAUAAAAAUACUAGCCGUGGGGAUUAUCAAACCAAAGAACAAUGUGCUGAUGUUUUCCAGUAUAUACUCCCUUAUGCAAAGGCUUCGUCUAGAACUGGACUAGUCAAGCUGCGAAGAGUUCUAAGAGCCAUCCGCAAACACUUUUUAAAACCACCAGAGAAUGUAUUGGAUGGAAAUGUGGUAGACAAGUUCCUAGAUGAUCCCAAUUUAUGUGAAGAAAAACUCUCCGACGAAGCUGGUUCAGAUGAGUUUCUUGUAACAAUUACAAAGAUAUUGCUUAAUGAUGUAGGAAGCAUUAAACAGUAUCGAACAUCAGUCUUAGGAAGUUCUGAACCGUAUUUGGAAGUUUAUAGCAACUUGUAUUAUUUCCUUGCUCAAUCCGAGGAGAUGAGUGCAACUGACAAAUGGCCAGGUUUUGUGCUCACCAAGGAAGGGGAAGAAUUUGUACAACAUAAUGCAAAUCUCUUCAAAUAUGAUCUACUUUAUAAUCCUCUGCGAUAUGAGAGCUGGCAAAAACUUGCUCAUAUUUAUGAUGAGGAGGUAGACCUGUUGCUCAAUGAUGGCAGUAAGCACAUCAAUGUUGCAGGAUGGAGGAAAAAUGAUUCUUUACCCCAUAGAGUGGAAAUAAGCCGGAGGAGGAGCAGACGUUGUCUACUAAUGAGUUUAGCUUUAGCAAAGUCACCAACUCAGCAGCGUGAGAUACAUGAGCUAUUAGCACUUGUGUACUAUGAUAGCCUUCAAAAUGUGGUUCCAUUCUAUGAUCAGUGGUCUGUGGUGCCACCAAAGGAUGAAGCAUGGCUCAGAUUUUGUGAGAACUCGUUGAAACAUUUCAAAAAAGCUUUUGCACAUCAGCAAGACUGGUCUCAUGCAUUCUAUAUGGGCAAACUUAGUGAAAAGCUCGGGCUCUCACAUGAUAAAGCUCUAUCAUAUUAUGCUAAAGCUAUUGCCUUAAAUCCAUCAGCCGUUGAUUCUAUUUACAGAAUGCAUGCAUCGCGCUUAAAGUUUCUUGGUAAAUCUGGAAAAGGGGAUCUGCAAGCUUGUAAGGAUCUUUCAACUUACGCCUUUAAUCAGUCAACUAGAGAUGCUGUGAUGGAAAUAUCAAGUAAGUUUGGUCCCAAGACUUCGGAUUUACCUACAGACAUGGAUGGCCAUGAAGCAUAUUCUGAGGAUAUAAAGCAUGAUGAAUUCCUCAAAGAGGAAAAGGCAUGGCACAUGCUGUAUAAUGAUUGCCUUUCUGGUCUUGAAACUUGUGUUGAAGGGGAUCUUAAACAUUAUCAUAAAGCCAGAUAUACACUUGCUCGGGGUCUUUAUAGAAGGGGUGAGAACGGUGAUGUGGACAAAGCAAAGGAUGAGCUCUCAUUUUGUUUUAAAUCAUCUCGUUCAUCCUUUACAAUAAAUAUGUGGGAGAUUGAUAGCAUGGUCAAAAAGGGAAGGCGCAAAACACCUGGACUUUCGGGGAAUAGGAAAGCACUUGAAGUUAAUCUACCCGAAAGUUCUCGGAAGUUUAUUACAUGUAUUAGGAAGUACUUGUUGUUUUAUUUGAAACUACUGGAGGAAACUGGAGAUAUCUGUACCCUUGAGCGUGCUUAUAUAUCACUUCGAGCAGAUAAAAGGUUCGCAAUAUGCAUUGAAGAUCUUGUUCCAGUUGCUCUAGGGAGGUAUGUCAAGGUUUUGAUUACGUCCAUUCGUCAAGUCGGGAUUGCAAGCUCUGGUGAUGCAAGCGGUUACGAACAUAUACUAGAGAAAAUGUUUUCUCUGUUCAUGGAACAGGGUAACUUAUGGCCAGAAUUGUGCAGUUUACCUGAAAUACAAGGCCCGGAUAUGUCAGAAAGCAAUUUGUUUGGGUAUCUCCAUGAUUAUAUCAUUACUUUGGAGAGAAAUGUCAAGGUUGAGAAUCUUGAAGCAAUAAAUGAAAGGAUUCGAAAACGAUUUAAGAAUCCAAAGCUGUCCAACAUUAACAUCGCAAAAGUUUGCAGGCAUGCUUCUACUGCAUGGUGUAGAUCCCUUAUAAUCAGCUUGGCUUUGAUCACUUCCGUACCUUCUGAAUCCUCCACCGAAAGUCAAACGUCAAGUUCAUUAACUGGUGGUUUAGAAAGUAACCAGCUUCUUUGUGUGGAUUUGCAAAUUAAUGAAUUAUGGAGUUCAACAUUUGAGGACUCAACACAUCUGAAAAGUCUUGAACCAAAAUGGUGCCCGAUCUUGUCCAAAAUCAAUAACAUAUUUGUUAAAAGAGCUGCAGAAGUGAAUUGGGAAACUGCUCACUCUUUGCUCCGAUCUUCUUACAAUUUUUUUCGUGAGAGCUCUUGUAUGCUCCCAUCUGGCUUGAACCUAUAUCUAGUUCCAUAUCGACUAGCAACAGGAGUAAACGUUCAUCAGCGCAUGGAUGGGGUUGAAAUUUUAGAUUUCAGCAUGCCAAGGAAGCUUCUCUUGUGGGCGUACACCCUGGUGCAUGGUCAUUUUGCUAAUAUUUCAUCAGUGGUGAAGCAUUGUGAAGAACAUCUGAAGUCAAAGUUAAAAAAGGGAGCUGGAAUUCUCCCCACACAAUCUCAUGCAAACUUGCCUGCAGUGAUAUCUUCACCAACAGGCAUUGGAAGAGAUGGUUCAAACCACAGUGGGGAAACAGAUGCAGAAGCAUCUCCAGCCACCCCUAUUACAUCUACUUCAUUGUCGGAAAAUCAAACCAUGAGCAGUUCAAUUCCGCUUCUUUCGAGUGGCGACACUCGCAAAAGUUCAUUUCAUGGCCCGCAAUUUCAACAAUGUAGCAAUAUCAUUGCUGAGAGAAUGCCGAAUGGAGGAGAGUCAGACAAAGGAUGACAAUCCAGAUGUGCUUGCUCUUAGUAGUAGUCCAUUGACAAAGCUUUCUUUUAUAUCCUAUAAUGUAUGGGAAAGCUUGCGAAGCAUAGGUUGUACCUGUAUACAUCCAUUUCAAUUAGCAAGUAUACGCAUUAUGUUAUGUGGCAUAUAGUUUUUGUUCUCUCCUUGUCCCGAACUAAUACGAGGUCGUCGCUUGUAGUGUUAUCAAAGUUCACGUUUGAAUUGUUAUCGUCAAGUGAGAUUCACUUUCCUA